CGCUUCGGUAUCCAAGCUGAGGCUCGUGCACUUUUUCGUUCUUGAGUACGCGUACAUAGCCAGAGACAUACACAACAUACGCCUCAUUUCACAGCUCAUAGGAACUGUUUGGUGACCUUUAUUUUCGUUUCAUAAUAAUAAUUCGAAUCACAGUUCGAUUCGCUGAACUUUUGCUUAGGGUUUUGAAUCGGAGCUCUGUCUGUGGUUGAUAUGGCUGAACACGCUGAGAAUUCGGAUUCGAAAGGAGAGUCGUUGUUGGAAAAGAUAACGGAAAAGUUUCACGAUGACGAUUCUUCGUCUUCGUCUUCGUCUUCGGACUCCGAUUCCGAGAAGAAGGCGGCUUCGCCAUCCUCAAUGAAGGCCAAGAUUUGGCGGUUGUUCGGGAGAGAGAAACCAGUUCACAAGGUCUUGGGUGGAGGAAAACCUGCUGAUGUGUUUUUGUGGAGGAACAAGAAAAUAUCUGCUGCUGUACUUGGUGGAGUGACCGCAAUCUGGUUCCUCUUUGAGUUGCUUGAGUAUUACCUUCUUACUCUAGUUUGCCACAUCGUAAUUGUCAUGCUUGCAAUCUUGUUCUUGUGGUCCAAUGCUUCAACCUUUAUUAACAAGUCACCUCUGCGUAUCCCAGAAGUUCGCCUUCCUGAGGACCCAUUCCUUGAGGUUGCUUCUGCUCUAAGGGUCGAAAUUAACCGAGCGCUUGCUGUGUUGCGAAAUAUUGCCUCUGGAAGAGAUCUGAAGAAGUUUCUAGUUGUUAUUGCUGGCUUGUGGGUUCUCUCAAUUGUGGGGACUUGGUGCAAUUUCUUGACAUUGUUCUAUAUAUCUUUUGUGUUACUGCACACACUGCCUGUCCUCUAUGAGAAGUAUGAGGACAAGAUUGAUCCCUUUGCAGAGAAAGCAAUGGUUGAGAUCAAGAAGCAGUAUGCCGUGUUUGAUGCCAAGGUUCUGAGUAAAAUUCCAAGAGGACCAUUGAAAGACAAGAAAAAGGCGUAGAGAAGUUGAGGUACUCUUUUCUGGUUGCGGCUAGCUUUCAGGAUGUGAUCGUGGUCUUUAUGUAUUUGUCUGAGCCAUGGUUGAAUUUAAUUUUUCUGCUGCAUUUUUUGUGGUAUUGUUCUCAAUUUGGAUGAAUUUGAAAUGACUUGGCUCUAGUCGUUAAGCUGUGUUGUGUGUACAAGUAUUACUAACAGCAGUGGGCUGGGGAUGUUGUUUUGCUGUAUGUGUAUGCAUUUUACUUGGGUUCUCACUUCAUUCUGACUUGUAGGCCGAAUCGCUAGUCAAGGGUUCAGUGCAGGUUUAAUGGGCCUAUUUGUUUUGUUUUUCUUUUGUUGAGUUGAGACAAUGGGG